GGCUGACGUGCCGCCGCGCGGUUGGUCGGUGGUGAACUGUUGUUGUGCUUUUCGUACGUACGAUUUUCGAUUGUUUGGUGAUACCGGAAAGGCGAUACCCGAACGUGUGCUAUCCCGCCGUUGGGCAGAUUGCCGAAAUCCCGUCCGCGCUGAAGCACCGCUGACUUCCACAGAGAGAGAGAGAGAGAGAGAGAGAGAGGGAGGGAGAGGGAGAGAGAGAGAGAGAGAGGGGGGAAAGAGAUACUCCCGGGACGAACGGAUCUCUCACUGGAACCCAGUCUCUUCUCGAGGACAGCGCGCCAGAGGGGCAGAAGUAUUUGGCAGUCACGAGGACGAGCAUCGGUCGGAGAUGAGGAAGACGACCCUGUUAACCGUCGUAACGGUUUUGCUGUCGGCGACGGUACGCGACGCCGCGGCAGAACUUUACACCGCCUUGGCGGAUAUGGAGGAGCUGCUAGAGACGGAAGCCGUGCUGAUUGACACACUAAACGGUUACAUCACAGCGCAGGAGCAACGAUUGGCGACACUGAGAAGGAACGUGGAGGAUUAUGCGAGGGAACACGAGGAGGCAUCCAGAAACAUCCAGCAGUACCUGUCGAAUCCGAUAAACGCUUAUCUGCUGGUGAAACGAUUGACCACCGACUGGAAAAGAGUCGAGGAACUGAUAACCGAGGACGUCGGCAAGUCCUUCGUCGCUAACAUCACGAAUUCCAGGAGCGACCUAAAAUUCCCGACCGACGAGGACCUCAAUGGCGCCGCCGUCGCUUUGAUGAGGCUACAGGACACGUAUAAGCUCGAGACCGCGCAGGUUGCAAAGGGUGUCCUGAAUGGUGUGCAAUACAGCACCGGAUUGACUGCGAGCGACUGCUUCGAGCUGGGCCGGCAGUCUUAUCACAAUCGCGACUACUAUCACACGGUGUUGUGGAUGCAAGAGGCCAUGGACCGUCUGCAGGAGGAACAGAACGCCACCACCACCUCGAAGCCCGACAUCCUGGAGUACUUGGCGUUUUCCACUUACAUGCAAGGUAACGUCGCCCGCGCUCUGAGCAUGACGAACGAGCUGCUCGAAUUGGUGCCGACGCACGAAAGAGCGCUGGGAAACCGUGCGUACUACCAAAAGGAGAUCCAAAGCAAGGCCAGUCAGUCGAAGAAGAAGCGGGGUGAGGACGGGCAGGACGACACGGCGAUACCGGAACAGAAUUUCACUGUCGCUGAGGAAAGGGUGAAAACGUGGGAGGAGAUGACGGAGAGGGAGAGAUACGAGAUGCUUUGUCGCGGCGAGGUAUCUAUCCCGCUGGAGGUGGAGAAGAAUCUCAAGUGUCGUUACGUUGACCGUGGAAUUCCUUUCCUGAAGAUCGCGCCGUUCAAGGAGGAGGAGGCUUAUCUGGAUCCCAGGAUAGUUUUUUAUCACAACGUAAUCUACGAUGAGGAGAUCGAGACGAUCAAGCGCAUGGCGCAACCCAGGUUUAAGCGCGCCACGGUGCAGAAUUACAAGACCGGCGCCUUGGAGAUUGCAAACUAUCGAAUCAGCAAGAGCGCCUGGCUGCAAGAACACGAGCACAAGCACGUGGCGGCAGUGAGCAAGCGCGUGGAGCACAUGACGAGCAUGUCCGUCGAGACGGCCGAGGAGCUCCAGGUCGUCAAUUAUGGCAUCGGCGGCCACUACGAGCCGCAUUUCGACUUCGCUAGGAAAGAAGAGACAAAUGCGUUCAAGAGCCUUGGAACCGGCAACAGGAUCGCCACGGUUCUAUAUUAUAUGAGCGACGUCGAGCAAGGCGGCGGCACCGUGUUUACCGCCAUCAACAUCUCGCUCUGGCCGCGGAAGGGCAGCGCGGCGUUCUGGUACAAUCUCAAGCCCAACGGCGAGGGUGACUUCAAGACCAGACAUGCCGCUUGCCCGGUGCUCACGGGAUCGAAGUGGGUUGCGAACAAAUGGCUGCACGAGAGAGGACAAGAAUUUCACAGACCCUGCACGCUGGAGAACCAAGCGACGGACGAAGUGGACGUCAGGCAUUGAAGACACCAACUUUCGGCUUUGAUCGUGACGGAAGAUCAAUCCGAGAUAAGACCAAGGCGUACCAAGAUACUCGGCGGCGAGAUCGGGGGGAGGGGAGGAGGGGGACUUUGAGUUCUGACGAUUAAAGAGACACUAUUGAAGCGGCGACUCCGCAUCAACGGACACGCGGCACGAGAAUGUCCUUUGAAAACGUUCAUUCGAAUGCGUUUCGGUCCGCGUGUAAAGAGCGACAGUGCAAUUUAGCAUAAGGGAUAAGAGCAAGCCGCGUGAGAGAUCGUCGACACGAACGUCAACGGCAUGGUUCCGCGCGUACGCGCAUUUAAUACAUCGUACAACCGCAGUUAAGUCGUAUAUAUACAUACGAGACGGAUUUUGCUUUCUGCUCCACCGCUGGAACACGAAUCCUCGCAUUUACGACAGCGAUUAAUGUUUCUUCGUAAUCUUCGAGAAUAUAUCGGAACAACCGCAAGCCAACCAAUCGGCCGGUCGAAGCCGUGGCAAGCGAAAAGCACCGCGAGAGGCAGCAGCGACUAUUCGAACAAGAUUAAUCGGCCGCUUUGUUCCCCGUGCGCUUUUCCCUUUAGAGCCAAAGCCCCAUAAAAUGGAGAUUACUGCCGCUCGAAG